AAAUACAAAAAAUUAGUAAAAAUACAAAACAAAUCAAAUUUCGGGAAUUUCGUUGCUCAAUACAAAAAAAAUUGUAAGCUGAAAGUUCUUACACUUUUCGAAUAACUAAAUAUCAGAAAUUAAAAAAUAAUUAUGCUUAUCGUAAAUGAUUGCUUUUAAUCGCAGAGACAAUUAUAUAUAAAAUGUAUAGUCAGCGUUUUUAUCCGGGCACACGUAAUUCGACAGCUCUAAUCUUUGAUCGUCAAUAUGGGAAUAUUGAUUCGAUCGUUUGCCAUCGCCUACAAACUUGUAAACCUUAUAUAGAACGUUUAGAAUUGGAAUUAAUUUUGGAAGGUCACAAUGGCUGUGUGAAUUGCUUAGAAUGGAGUGACACAGGUCAAGUUCUGGCUUCAGGUUCGGAUGAUCAGGAAGUCAUUCUUUGGGAUGUUUUUCGAAAGAGAAAAAUAGCAUGUUUGCAUACACCUCACAAAGGAAAUAUUUUCUCUGUUAAGUUUUUACCGAAAACCAACAAUAACUUAAUAGUUAGUGGAGCUGCUGACAAGUCAAUUUUUGUUUUUGAUUUAAAUCGUCGUAAUAAUGAAGUUCCAAUUUGGAGUUGUCAGUGUCAUUGGUCAAGAGUAAAAAGACUUGCAACGGCACCAGACAUUCCUUUUAAUUUUUGGUCAGCUGGCGAAGACGGAAAUAUCUUGCAGUUCGAUAUAAGAGAACCACACCGUUGUAAAUCAGAUGACAAAGUUGUAUUAAUUAACCUUUCUCGACAAAUAAGUAAUAACGCCGAGGCUAAGUGCAUUGCAGUUAAUCCUAGACGCCCAGAAUUAAUAGCUGUUGGGGCAAAUGAUGCAUUUGCUAGAUUAUAUGAUAGAAGAAUGCUUCGACUGGAUUCGGUUGAAAUUGGAUCUCGUCGUGUCCGAGAUCUAAAUAGUGCUAAUGGUAAUGCGUCAUCAAUUGAUCAGCAAGCCAAUCAAUCUUUAAAGAACUGUGUAACAUAUUUUUGUCCAGGUCAAUAUUAUAACAACAAUCCUAAGCUACAUGGGCGUGAUAUUAAAGCUAUUACGUAUUUAACUUUUAACCAAUACGGAAACGAGUUGUUAGUUAAUAUGGGUGCUGAACAUAUUUAUUUAUAUGACAUCAAUAAUCCUGUAGACCCCAUAUUUCUUAACUUACCCGAUUAUAAAACUUCUUCACUUGGAAUCAACGAAACCACGAUGUCAGGUGGUAUCGAAGACCAAAUAACUAUAGUAAAGCGAAAACUACCAGAAAAUGUCGAAAGUUUUAAGAAAAUGGGUAAUGAUUAUUUAGAAAAUGAAAAAUAUUUAAGAGCAAUUGAUCAAUAUUCCGAAGCAAUUGAAAUUGCACCAUUUUGCCCAAUAUUAUACUUAAAUCGUGCUACAGCAUUAAUGCGACGCAGUUGGUAUGGCGAUGUGUAUGCAGCUAUUAGAGAUUGUCAUAAAGCUUUGAAUUUGGACCCGUCCUAUAUUAAAGCACAUUUUCGGUUAGCGCGCGCUUUAUUUUUUUUGGGUAAGACAAAAGAAGCAGAUGAAUGUUUAACUGAAUUGAUUAAACGUUUUCCAAGUUACGAGUCAAAUCAUGGUGUUAUGAUGUUAAAAAAGGAAAUUAAUGAAAGAAUUAGCAAUAAUGGAAACAACGGAUCAACAAUUGUUGGCGGAAAUAAUGGGAAUGGAUCUAAUGGGAACAGCAAUUCAAGUACAGGUGGUAAUGUUGGCAACGGAAGCGAAAGUGAUAGUGAUUUCUUACCUUUAGAUAUUAAUGAUUUUGAAUGGAAUUGCCGAAUUAAUGCUAAAGAUUAUCAACAACGGUUUGUUGGACAUUGCAACACAACGACAGAUAUUAAGGAAGCAAAUUUUUUUGGAGAUGAUUACAUAGUUGCUGGAUCUGAUGAUGGAAAUUUCUUUAUAUGGGAAAGGCCAAAUAAUAUUAUCAAAAGUGUUUUUAAAGCUGAUAUGGCGAUAGUUAAUUGUGUUCAACCACAUCCCAACAUAUGUCUUUUGGCUACUAGCGGUAUUGAUCAAGAAAUUAAAAUAUGGAGCCCAGUUGCUAAUACAUUAGAAAAUAAAAGCGUUAAUAGAGUGCAAUACAUUGAUAGUGUAGUUGAUUCUAAUCAACAAAAAAUGAAAACAGAUCCAUUUGAUUUAAACACCAAUAGUUCUUUUUGUAGAAGCUCAUAAUAUCAAAAUUAUUUUUUUAGUUUAUUUUAUUGCUAAUCUUAUAUAACUACCUUAUAUAUAUGAAAUAAUAAUUCUAAGGAAAAUUGCAUAUAAAAAAUUUCGGAACAAUAACAAAAAUAUGAGUCAUUAAAAAUAUUUGUCAUAAAUGAAAAUAAAUAUGAAUUUAAAAUUUAUAAGUUAUGAAAGUUUAUUUUAGCAAGCAUAGGAAACAAAAAACCUAUUUGUACUAAAAUUUCACAUUAGAUUUUUUAUUUUAAUUUAAAGAAUAUAUAUAUAUAUUAAAUAAAAUAUUGUUGCUUGUGGAAUAUA